AUAAUUUCGAUAAGAUUUGGAAUGCUACCUAAUUUAACACAGAUAUGCUUAACAUCGCAACAAUUGCGAAUGUAUGGCAAUGAAGCUGAAAAAUAUCUUCAACGAUAUUUUUAUCCAUGCAUUAUUGUAUUUGGCAUUGCUGGAAAUUUGCUUAAUCUAACCGUUUUACUUAACAAAUCGAUGAGAAGCAGGUCGAAUUGUUUUCUAUCAGCUUUGGCAUUUUCUGAUAUUUUAUUUCUAAUUUUAAUGUCUCCAAAUAUCCUUGCAAAUUAUCCGAUUUUUACGCAUAGUUAUGCAUAUCGAUAUUUUUAUUUUCAUGCAAAGAUUCAUUUAAUUGCACUCGCAAAUUGGUCAUCAAGUGUUGCCAUUUGGUAA